UUUGUUUAAUAUAUGAUAUGCAUUUCAUUGAGUUGGUGCCGUUGUUCCAAUGAUAAGGAGGGCGGCCUUUGUUUAGAAUAUAUCUCUUCGGAUUGGCAUUUGUCUCCGCUUGGGGAAGAUUGUCGCAACCCAUUUGCGCUAGUAGUUUUGGCUUCAGAGGCUUCCAAAAUAUUUUUGCUUCCCACUAAAGACUCAUAAUUCCUAUGCUUUUCUGGAUACUCAACUAAAAUUUUCUGAAUCGAAAGAAGAAAAAUAUGGCUACCUAUUUCCCGAGUCCAAGCAAUCAAAGAGAUGUCUUGCUGGCUCCAUAUCCAGGGGAUCAGAAAUUUGCUUCAUAUUCUGAACCGCCUUUCCAUCCUGGCAACAUAAUGAUGUAUCUGAACCAAGCUUCUUCUAUGUCCUACCCAGACAUCUUGCCUGUGAGUACUCUAUCCCCUGUUCCCCUUGGAAACUCUGUUAAUGGAGAUUCUCAGGUGAUCCCGAGGACACAGUUGGGAUUUCCAGAUGGUGAACAAAAUAUUCAGUAUCAGGGAUUAGCUCUUAGCCUUGGUACAGGAAUGCCGUCUGCAUCUGUAGCUUCACUCAAUGGCCAGUAUCCAAACCCAGGUUUUGCAAACACUUUGUUAAACUCGAAGUAUCUCAAGGCAGCACAACAAUUGCUUGAUGAAGUGGCUAAUCUCUGGAAUGCUUUGAAGCAACAUAGAUUGAACAAACAUCAAAACAUCCAUGGCAUUGGUUUGGAUGGCUCAAAAGAGAUAGAUGGGAGAUCAAGAUCCCAAUCUGUGCAGACGUCUUCAGACCCUGGCGACUCAAAUACGAACUCCUUUUGCGAGCUUUCACCUGCACAACGACAGGAGUUGCAGAGUAAGAAGAAAAAACUUUUGUCCAUGGUGGACGAGGUUGAUAGAAGAUACAAACAAUAUUACGAUCAGAUGCAAAUUGUAGUGUCAUAUUUUGACACGGUAGCAGGGUGUGGGGCAGCUGAACCAUACACUGCUCUUGCACUCCAAACAAUAUCCCGCCACUUCCGCUGUUUGCGUGAUGCAAUCACCAGCCAGAUUCAAGUUACUCAGAGAAGCCUUGGAGAGCAAGAUACUUCACCAUAUGGUCAAGGAGGAGGGAUAGCUCGUCUCCGCUAUGUGGAUCAGCAGCUCAAGCAACAUAGGGCUCUUCAACAGUUCGGUGUGAUGCGACAUGCUUGGAGGCCUCAAAGAGGGCUUCCUGAGACUGCCGUUUCGAUUCUCCGUGCCUGGUUAUUUGAGCACUUCCUUCAUCCUUACCCGAAGGACUCGGAGAAAAUUAUGCUCGCAAAGGAAACGGGAUUGACCCGAAAUCAGGUUGCAAACUGGUUUAUUAAUGCACGGGUCCGUCUUUGGAAGCCCAUGGUUGAGGAGAUGUACAAAGAAGAGUUUGGGGAAUCAGAGUUGAACUCCCAAUCUUCACCAGAGCAUGCAUCGAAAGCACCUAGGGAUCAUUCAGGGGAGUUUGAGGAAAGGAGAGAAGAGUUGCAAGACAGUGUGAUACUCACAACUGCUGAUGGUGUCCAACACAGGCAAGCCCAUGAAUCAAAUGUUAAUGGGAAAACGGCUAGACCUGGAUUUGGUAGUAGUGCUCACAGAGACAAUAUUUCAGGGUCAGGAACAAUAAGAGUGCAGGGUGACCAAAGACCUAAUGUGGAUGACCAUAGCCUUUAUCCAGAUGAGAUUAUCCCACACCGCCAAGUUGGUGGUGGGAGUCUUAUGGGUACUGCUAGCACGUUUGAUAUGUUAGAGUUGGGUAGUUUUGUAGAUGGCAGCCAGGUUUCACUUGCAUUGGAAUUGCGGCAUUGUGAACGUGAUGGAUUUCCCAUGUCUGGUGGCACCAAUUUAAGAGGUAAUGACACAAUAACGUCCUCUGCAGAGCCUGACUCAUUAGAUAUUCAGUGCCUGGAUCCGGUGAAGCAACAUCACAGGUUUGACAAUUCCCACAUGGUUUAUGAUUUUGUAGUCUGAAACAAGGAUUUCCUAUUGCUUUAUUGGCUAAAAUCAAUCUUCUUCAGAAAUAGAAUGCCCUGUGAUGUUACUCUGGCAUUGUUCAUCCUACUUGCUUAUUAUUUGAAGAUACAAAAACUAGAAUUACAAGUGUAGAUAUGGGUACGAUACACAUGUAAUUAGAACAAGAAGAUUGUUGGAGCUGUAGGCAUAUCUGUAUAGAUCAGACGCAUGGAUGUUUUUGUGUAUUUUGUUGAAUAAGUAACCUUGUAAAACUAUUCCCAAGUUUGACAUUGAUUUAUCAUUUCUAUCCCAAAUGUUGUAUAAUAAUUGACCAAUUUACUAGC